AUGACACGAAGAAGAGCUGGUAGAUCCUUAGGCAAGACGCUGUUACCGGUGCUUCUAAGCUCCUUGACUACCGUGGGAGCUUGGCUUCCAACGGUACACCACUCGAUAUUACCAUUCUCCCGCUUUGCCGAGUCCUUUCCUUUUCAGAGAAUUUCCACCGCGAGCACAAUUUUGUACACGACGUCUGAUGGCAACAAGAGUAAGAAGAAUACGAAUACUGCUUCCCACUCCAAAUUUGCACAACCCGCCUUUCGGCAGGCUGCGUAUACCGGAACGACCCGUAAGGAACGUCAAACGCCGGGCCCUGAGCAACACACGACGCACCGUUCACCACAACCGUUCGGGGCCGACAGUAAAAUUUCCUCUUUGCAUCUCGAAAGAGUUCGAACUGCUGGUCGCGUCGGGACCAAGCGUUACGUCAACCCUUGCAAGGUAUUCGUCGGCAACUUGCCCUUUGCAAUGGACGAAUCCGCAUUGCAGACUUGGUUGAGUGCGCAAAUGGGUCUGCCUCCCGCCGUUUUGCUGAACGAAUGCAAGAUCGUUCGGGAUUGGAAGACGGGAAAAUCGAAAGGUUUCGGAUUUGCCGUCUUUACCGAAGCCAUUUAUGCGACCGUGUGUAUCGAAAAAUGUCACGGUGCAAAACUGGAAUCUCGACCUGUUACGGUGAAACAGGGACAAAGGAAACCGGACGAGAAUCUAGUGUACAUUAAAAAGCGGAAAGAGCAACCAUCGGAUGCGGAAGAAGCUGCCAUCCAAAACGGGUUGACACAAGCCGAAGGUCAUAUCCGUGAUGAUAUCGUCAUAAUGGAUCCGGAAGAAAUGGCCAUGAUUAAAAUGCUGGAUCCGGACCUGUUACCAGAUCACGUACAAAUUAACGGGAGCAGCAACUCAGCUUCGAGUGUGUCAUCAUCCUCUUCAUCGUCUGCUUACAGUAGCGACGAUAUUUUAUUUGACGACAUUGACGAAGACGACGACGAAGGUGUGGAUGGGUUUUGGUACGGUGACGACGACGAAGCUGGCGACGAUGACAGCGAUAUUCAGCUCGAUACGACCAUGACUCAAAAUCGAGAACAACGCCGUGAGGCUGCAAAGCGACAACCCAAACGACGCAAGUUGAUCAACAAGGGGUUCGGUACCGUGUAA